AUGAAUGUAAUACAAAUGAAAAGUUGUUUUAAAGUCAAUUUUGAGGAACACAAUGAGUCAAUUAAUAAUGAAAUAACAUCUUUGAAAUCUAAUGAAGUAGAAAAUUUUAAAUUAGGCGAAGAAAAUAUUAAUAAAGUAAAAUUAAUAUUAGAAGGAUGGAAUUUAGGACACCUGUUAAAUGCUUUAAUAAGUGAAUGUAUUGAUGUAGAUGCAUUAAGCCAUAUGAAAUCCAAGCACAUUGAUAAACUUCUCUCAAAUUAUUCAUUAGGGACACAAAUAAAAUUUGAAAAUCAUUUAAUUACUUGGCAAAACACAUUAAAUGUGACCAAGAAUAAGCUCAAUGUUUCUAAACAAUUGAUUACUACAGCUAAUAAAAAUGACCUAAUCAAAUUUGUAGAUAUUCAUUCUAUUUUAACAAAAUCUACAGAGGGAUUAUUAGUGCUAGAUUAUUUUAAAGAACAUAAUGAACUAAAUGAUUCAAUAAGAGGAAAACUAGUAGAUAUAAUUAUUCACUAUUUAUUCUCAAACGACUUUACCAUGUCAGUGAAGCUUGCUGAGAGUAUUGCUAAUCAAAUUAACUUUUUAUUUCCUUCAGAGAUUAAAGAUAUAUAUUUUAUGCGAAGUGUAAAAAAUAGCACUCCUCGGGGUAAAUUAUACGCUAAAUUUUAUAAUAACAUGCGAUCGCUGAAGACAAGCGGCUUAAUAGAAAAAAAUAAUCUGAAUAAUUCUUCAACAAAUAACUUUAUUAUAGAACCAGAAGAAGAGGACAUCAGAGAUCUUAUUGACAUAAUAAAAUACGAUCAUUUAAAUAUUCCAUUUCUGAAGUUACAAGAGUAUUGGGGUGCUACUGUCAAUUUUAGACUUAAAAAGAUUAGAGAGGCUAAAGAAACAAACGAAAUAAUAAAUGAAUUGGCUAAUUAUAGAUUGCCCCUUGGAUAUAAACUCGUGGAUAUUGACUUAAUCAACUUAUCAAAUAUAAUAGUAUAAGUCGAUUCAUUUGACGAUUCUUACCAAGAUAUUAUGAAUAUUAUAGAAAAACACAAUAAAGACCGAGAUAGCAAAAUACUUGUAGAACAGCUUUCUCAAAGAUCAGACAUUUGUCAAAGUGGAAAAUAUACAGCAUUCUUCUAUCUAUUAAGCUCGCUUUUUGUGCCAACGUCGCGAAAAGUGACGAGAGAUGUAAAUGGAAAAAAAAAUAUCAUUAAAUAUUCUAUAAAGGACUCUCAAAAUUCAUUCAUUAGUUUCCACGAGACAGUUGACCAAGCUGAAGCUUACAUCUCUGUUGCCGCCUGGGCUGUUCUAAAAACCGGUCCGAGUACACUGGGCGCGCGUGCGUACAACANAAUUAGUUUCCACGAGACAGUUGACCAAGCUGAAGCUUAUAUCGCAUUACUACAAAGUAGAAAUCAGCCAAUACAACCAUUCAUUUUAAUUAUUGGCACGAUUUUAAAACCACGAGAUAUAUUAUUAUAUUUUGAUGCCAUCAAGUAUAAAAUUUUUUCAAUAAUAAGAGCAGUGGAUGUCUGCUUUAAGAUAUUCCAUGUUUUUAAUUUAGAAUACCCACUUCCAUCAUGCGCUGUCUGGACAUUUAUUCAACAAUAUUACUACAAAUUAUUUUUAAAGAACGACUACUCCCAUCAAACAGUAAAACAAGUGCUACAUGAUCUCAACAAAAUAGUAAAAUAAUAUUAUUAUAUUAAUAUUAUAUUGAAAAAUCCUUUUAUUUUUUCACUUUAUAUUUUUCUUCUUUUCAUUUGUAUUAAUUAUUUGUAAAUUAUUAAUUUUUAUUUGAUUAUUUAAAAUUAAUUUUACAUCCAAUGUAUAAAGUUUAUACUAUAAACAGAUUGUAAGCUUUCUUAAAAUUCAUUAAAAAUAAAAGGUGAUAAAUACGCCGUUUCAGUUUAUAUUCCAUAUGUCUAUUUAAAUACACAUGUGUAAAGGUUUUAUUUAUAAUUUACUAUUGAAAAAUUAAAAGUUGUUCAUUAAAUUAUUUUUAAUAUUAUAAAUACUACACAAUAUAUAUAUUAAAUAACGUGUUUAUUUAAGUAAAUUAUUACCAUAAUUAAGAUUAAAUUUAUAAUUUAAUAUGGGAUUUUAUUUGU